CUUGCUGUGCCGUACGCUUGGCUUGACUCCUUCAGUGCUGGCAUGGUGGCUUCUUCUCCUUCAGAAGAUCGAUUGGGACAAAUUCAUUAACGCGUCUCCAAUAGAUCCUGGAUGGACGGGUGUCUUUUUUUUUUCUCAUCCAGACUAAUAACUGCGUAUCUAUGGAAGAUGCAUGAAAUUGGUCGCACGUUGGACCGUUCCCCACGCCGGCGGCAGGAGACCGAAUUCUAAUGAGUGUCUACAACGUUCUGCAGGCUCCGUGUGCCGGGGAGGUACAAAAGGAGAGAGAGGGGAGGAUGCCACCACAUGUGCACUGAGUGCUCUCGCUGGAUGCGGCAGCACAUGGUCCUCAGCAUCACACACCGCUUUACCUGCUGAUUGGUGGAGUGGCGUCAUGACGUCACCGCCGGCAUUAGGGCUCCACUCCGGGGAGUAGCGCGAGAGAUCAGGGGGGGAGAGAGAGAGAGAUGAGCUCCACUGCCUACCAUGAGGACAAGGGAGAGGAAGGGGCUCCGGGGGGCUUCCAGGUGGUGCGCUGGGAAUGGCACAUGGUGCAGACUCCGUACCUGGUGGCUGUGUGGAUCCUGGUGGCCAGCCUGGCAAAGAUCGUGUUCCACCUGUCCAGGAAGGUGACCACCGUGGUUCCCGAGAGCUGCCUCCUCAUCAUCCUUGGUCUGGCUCUCGGAGGGAUCGUCUUGGCCAUAGCCCAGAGGGCCGAGUUCCAGCUGGAGCCAAGCUUAUUUUUCCUCUUUCUGUUGCCCCCCAUCGUCUUGGACUCUGGCUACUUCAUGCCCAGUCGACUCUUCUUUGACAACAUUGGAGCUAUCCUGAUGUACGCUGUGGUGGGCACCGUCUGGAAUUGCUUUGCAACAGGGACAGCGCUGUGGGGGGUAAAGCUUAUGGGCCUCAUGGAUCCCCAGGUAGAAGCCGGUCUGAUGGAUUUCCUGCUCUUUGGAAGCCUCAUUUCCGCUGUGGACCCCGUCGCUGUGCUCGCCGUCUUCGAGGAGGUUCACGUCAACGAGACCCUAUUCAUCAUCGUGUUCGGAGAGUCUCUCCUGAAUGACGCCGUGACCGUGGUUCUGUAUAAGGUGUUUAACUGUUUUGUUGAGAUGGGCCCACACAACGUCCAGGCUGUGGAUUAUAUGAAAGGUGUCGGCUCCUUCUUCGUGGUGAGUCUCGGAGGGACGGCGGUGGGUCUGGUGUUCGCUUUCCUGCUCGCCUUCAUCACGCGGUUCACCAAGCGAGUGCGCAUGAUCGAGCCCCUCUUCAUCUUCCUCCUCGUCUAUCUCGCCCACCUCACAGCAGAAAUGGUCUCGCUGUCUUCCAUACUGGCGGUGACGUUCUGCGGCUUGUGCUGUAAGAAGUACGUAGAGGCCAACAUCUCCAACAAGUCCCGGACCACCGUCAAAUACACCAUGAAGACCCUCGCCAGCAGCUCCGAGACCAUCAUCUUCAUCUUCCUGGGCAUUUCCGCCGUGGACACCUCCAAGUGGAUCUGGGACUCGGCGCUGGUCCUGUCCACCCUCAUCUUCAUCUUUGUCUUCAGGGCAAUCGGUGUUAUCCUGCAGACUUGCGUUUUAAAUCACUUCAGACUCCUCCCACUGGACAAGAUCGAUCAGGUUGUGAUGUCGUAUGGCGGCCUGCGAGGGGCGGUGGCCUUCGCCCUUGUGGUCUUGUUGGACGGCAAGAAAGUCAAGGCCAAGGGAUACUUUGUGGCCACGACGAUAGUCGUGGUGUUUUUCACGGUGAUGUUUCAGGGCCUGACCAUCAAACCGCUUGUCAAGUGGCUGAAAGUGAAAAGAAGAGACCAGCACAAGCCGACGUUAAAUGAGGAAUUACAGGAGCAUGCUUUUGAUCAUAUCCUGGCAGCUGUAGAGGACAUAGUCGGCCAUCAUGGCUAUCACCAUUGGAGGGAUAAGUGGGAACAGUUUGAUAAGAAAUAUCUAAGCCAAUGGCUGAUGAGGAAAUCCGCGUACCGGAUCAAAGACGAAAUCUGGGAGGUUUGCUACAAACUCAACAUCCGCGAUGCUUUAAUUUUGGCAGACCAGGGUGGUCACAUACUGUCCUCUGACAGGCUCUCUCUGCCAUCAAUGCCAAGCCGUGCCUCCAUGUCUGAGACCUCCGUGACUAACCUCCUCAGAGAGAAUGGAAGCAAGGCAUGUCUGGACCUGCAGGCCAUAGACACAGUGCGCAGUGGGCGGGACAGGGAGGACGCGGUCAUGCACCAUGUGCUGAGGGGGGGCCUCUACAAGCCACGGCGCAUGUGCAAGUCAAGCUACAGUCGCCAUUUUAUGACGCAGGAUGAGCAGGAGCGCCAGGAGAAGGAAGUCUUCCAGCAAAACAUGAAGCGGAGGCUGGAAUCGUUCAAAUCCACCAAACACAACACCUGCGCGUCCAAGUCCCGGGUCAAAAAAGAUGGUCGCAAGAAGAGAAGAGUAAGCGAAGACCUCGAGCCGCAGAAAGGAAGGCAAAGUAAAGGCGUGAGCUGGCAAAACACAGCGUCCAUUGUGAUAACAGCGGACUCGGAUGACGAAUCUUCCAACGUGGAGGUAGAAGAGGAUGAGGGGAUCACCUUUGUGGCUCGAGCAACAGAUGAGAUCCUUCAGGGGGUGACGGUGACGGGAAUGCUGGGAGUUUGUCAGAGUCCUCGUUUUGUGCCACCAUCACCGACCAUGGCUGAGAAGGUGCUGCCUUGGAAAGGAGAGCCCGAUCAGAACACGGUGUGCAUCUCAUCAGAGACUACAAAGAUCGUCCCCGUGGAUCUCAAGAGGUCCUGGAAGCAGAGCAUCUCCUCUCUAGAGAGUAUUGGGUCUCCUCCGGCUCCUGACCUACAGGUAGACGCAGCCAGGUGCUUGAGACAAGAUCUCCGCAGUCCUCCUGGCCUUCAGACUCUCCCAGAGACCUGUAGCUGUUUUCCUUUCGCUAAUUCUCCAUCACAAGGUGGCAGAAGCCAUCGAGAACCAGCAGAUAUCCAGCAGCAAGAACUCCAACCCUUGAUGCCCAGGGAAGAGGGUUCUGGACAUAGUUCUCAGACCAGCAGACACAGUCAUAGCAAAAGACUGUUGCAGUUGCAUCGGCCCUCUAAAAUCUGAUACGGUGCGGGUGGCCCCCCGAGCCUGGCCAAGAAGAAUUUGACAUAUCAGUGCAAAGGGAAGACUUUGGUCUUGCAGGUUAAGGUCCAAAGUUAUCUCGGCAUUUACAUAGGCAAAGGUAUGAGGCUUUGGAGUAGCGGUGUAAAACCUCAGCUGUACGAACAUCUACAGGGAAUAGAUGAAUAUUCAAAGCAACAGGUUCAUUUUUGUAAAGUCUUCUCCAGCAGCACAUAUGCACCUUUCCUCCCCUACCCACCACUGCAAUCAGCUACUGAAAGGACCAGUACUUCCAAGUAUAGAGGAGUAUGCUUGUUGAUUGGCCCUGCAAUGUCACAUGGGGGUGGGUGGGGUAAGGCUUCACUAGAGUCACUCUAGUCUUCUGUGCUGCCCAUACAAAGCUCAGGGUCCAUCUUUGGUUAGUGAUUUAGGAGGUAAACACAAUUCAUGCCUAGUGGGGGCUUUUGUUCCUCAGAGAGUAGGUGCAGGUACACCGUCCUUCAGAGUAACCCCUUGUUUUCGCCCCCUACCCACCUCCGAGCACUGUCCCUUGGUGCCACCCCCUACCCACCUCCGAGCACUGUCCCUU